AUGCGCGGUGCAAGCAUCGUCCUCGCCGCGGCCGUCGCGUCGGCGCUCGGGGCUAACCCGGUCAUCUACGAGAUCUCGACGCGCCCGUGGCUCUAUGAGCUCUCGCUCAAGUACAACCGGCCCAUGUCGCUCGACGAUCCGUCUGCGCUCGCGCUCAUCCAGAAGGAGCUGCUGGCACUCAAGGCCGCUUACAACCCCGACUACAUCUGGAUGAUGGGGGUGUGGCAGCUCGGUGCAUACGGCCUGAACCUCGACCAGACCACCAAGAACGACGAGUUUAAUUCGAUUCUGCCUGGCUGGACCAAGGAUGACGUGAUCGGGUCGCCGUACGCAGUGGCCAACUACACGUGCAACCCGUCGAUCGGGACGGACGACGACCUCCGCGCGCUCAAGUCAUUUUUGAACGCCAACAAAAUGAAGCUCAUGCUUGACUUUGUGCCCAACCACGUCGCGGUGGACCAUCCGUGGGCGUGCUCGCAGCCCGAGUUCCUCCUCCCGCUCGACCAGGCCGACCUCGGGUCGCACUCGUGCGCCAAGGGCCCGACCGUCCGUCCGCCAUGCAGCGCCCGGUCGUUCUACACGGGCGGCGACUACUGGAACUCGGGGUGGGUCGACACCGUCCAGCUCAACUACUGGAACCCGGCGCUCCGGUCGGCGCAGAUCGACACGCUCUCGCACAUUGCGAGCUUGGCCGACGGCAUUCGCUGUGACAUGGCCAUGUCGGUCCUCAACCGCGAGAUCGAGCUCGCUUGGGUCAAGGACAACCGCAACGGCAACAGCUGCUCCACGGGAUCGCAAGGCCGCAUGCCGACCAAGUUUGCGUCAUCGCCGCCAACGACGGAGUUUUGGGCCGACGCGAUCCCGGUGCUGAAGGCCAAGUACCCGAGUCUCUUUUUGAUGGCCGAGAACUACAACUAUGGCUUUACGCCGACGCCGGAGGACCUCUACCUCCAGUCCCUCGGCUUUGACGUCACGUACGACAUGGACGCGCUCAAGACGAUCGAUGCGAUGCCGAUCGGGUCGGGGAAGGCCAACUUUGUCAACCUCGUGCGCGCGAGCAGCACCAAGUACGCCAAGUCCGUGCACUUUGUCGAGAACCAUGAUGACAACCGCGCGGCCGGUACGCUCUUCAACUACAAGGCGUCGGCGGCGCGGGCAGCGGCGCUCGCCGUCACGUCGCUCCCCGGCUCCAAGCUCUUUUUCCAUGGGCAGUUUGACUGCAACCCGAACCGCCUCGCCGUGCAGCUCCGACGCGGCGUCUCGUUCAAGCCCGACGCGUACUGCCAAACGUGGUUCGCCGAUCUGCUGCAGACGCUCACGGACGAUGUACACACGCGCGGCAACUGGCUCGGCAUCGACUCGGCGCCGUUCUCGUCGACCGACGGCAGCGACGUCAUCUCGUACAAGUGGCAGUACAACUGCACCGAGCGCCUCGUGGUGGCCAACUACCGCGACGCGUGGAGCAACGUCCGCAUUCCGCUGGCCUUUCCCAAGAUUGCCGACAAGAACACGCUCGUGACCGUCUCGGAGCGCCUCCUUGAGCAGCGGUCUCUCAGUGAUCCUGAGCACUUUGACAGCCAAGUGUACGACUACUCGAUCUGCCCGGCGUCGGCGGCUACUCCCGCGACGACGACGGCUACUCCCGCGACGACGACGGUUCCCGUCAAGACCCCCGCAGCGUGCACCAGCCCUGUGACAGAUGGCCGCAACCGGACCGCGGCGGCAUGGAAGGAGCGCUCGGUCUAUCAGAUUUUGACCGACCGCUUCGCGGGCGCACCGUCGUCGGGUGCCUGCAAGGACCUCUCGACGUAUUGCGGUGGCACGUUCAACGGCAUCAAGAACAACCUCCAGUACAUCCGCGGCAUGGGCUUUGACGCGAUCUGGAUCAGCCCCGUCAUCGACAACAGCCCCGGCGGGUACCACGGCUACUGGGCGCGCGACUGGGACAAGAUCAACGCGCAUUUCGGCACGCCAGCCGAGCUCCAGGCGCUCGUGGAUGCGGCCCACGCGCUCGACAUGUGGGUCAUGGUCGACGUCGUCACCAAUCACGUUGCGCCCGUCGGCAGUGACUUUCGCUCGAUCGUGCCGUUCAACGACCCGGCGCACUACCACCCGUCGUGCGAGAUCACCGACUGGAACAACCAGACGAUGGUCGAGACCUGCCGUCUCUCGGGCCUCCCGGACCUCGACCAAUCGAACGCGUUUGUGCGCUCGUACCUCUUGAAGUGGAUCAAGAAGCUCGUGGCCGACUACGGCUUUGACGGCGUCCGCGUCGACACGGUGCCCGAAGUCGCCAAGGACUUUUGGGCCGAGUUCAACACCGCCGCCGGUGUCUUCCAGGUCGGCGAGGUCUUCAACGGUGACCCCAAGUACGUGGGCAGCUACCAGCCGUCGGUCAGCAGCGUCUUCAACUACCCCAUGUCCUUCACGAUUGGCGACGUCUUUGGCGCUGGCCAGAGCAUGAAGGCGAUCAAGUCGCGCGUCGACGGCAACAGCAACUACGCCGAUCCGACCAUCCUCGGGUCCUUCGUCGACAACCACGACAACCCGCGCUUUAUGCACAAGUACCCGAACAAGCAGGCGCAGCUCCGGGCCGCGACCGUCUUCUCGCUCACGACCGAAGGCAUCCCGUUCGUUUACUACGGCACCGAACAGUACUACGGCGGCGGCGUCGACCCGGCCAACCGCGAGGCGCUCUGGACCAACCUCGACACGACGUCCGACUUGUACAAGAUUCUCUCGGUGGUUCACCGCCAGCGCAAGAAGUCCCAGAUCUGGCUCUCGCCGUGGGUCGAGCGGUACGCGGCCGACAACUUUUACAGUUUCAGCCGCGGCGCGUUCCUCGUCGCGCUCACCAACUCGAACGCGCAGCAGCACGUCAAGGUGACGUACCAUCCGUUCAAGGACGGCGACAUUGUCUGCAACAUCUUUUGGCCCAAGGACGACUGCCAAACGGUCGCGGGGGGCGUCGACAUUUACCUCAACAACGGCGAGAGCAAGAUCUACGUUCUCAAGUCGAUGCUCGCCUAA